AUGCAAUACACCCAUAUCGAUCAUCUCAAACGGAACCAGCAUCUCAUAGGCCGUAGUCCUACGCCCCAAAGCAUCACAGCACAGCACGUGGGUGGCGCCCUGCGCAGAUUGAAGGAUUCCCGAUGCCGUUCAAGAUUGAAGAAGAAAGAGACAAAAGAGCAACACCAUAGUAAACAUUCUCCGUAUAUUGAUUACCUCUUCACGCCGUCACCGCCAUCCAGCCCUUACACUAAACCACAAAAUGAUUUGUCAUGA